AUCCGGCUAGGGUUAUGUGGGAGGUGAGACCGUGAGAGCCCUCGCCGCCAACCGUCGUCUUCCGAGACCGGCAUCUUCCACACGCCGCCGCCGCCGCCGCCGCCGCGGCAAACCGGAGAGCGAGACCGCCGCGAUUUUCGCUUGCUGUUGGGCCGUCAGAUGAGCAAGAUGGUGGCGAUCAGGGUUCCCAGGAACAUGCGCGCCAAGCGCGAGCUCCUCAAGCACGCACCCAAGCUUGUUGAGAAUGGCAAGAAGAUGCUUAUUCUCCAUGGUACAAAGACUAGCGCAGUUUUGAACGAUGUGCUGGCAGAUUUUUUUCACCUGAAGCGUGAUCAUGCUGUAAAGUACACCAAGAAGAACGACAACAUCAGGCCAUUUGAGAGUGGGGGUGAAACUUCACUGGAGUUCUUCUCCCUUAAAUCUGACUGCAGCCUCUUAGUGUAUGGUUCUCACUCAAAGGAGAGGCCCAACAAUCUUGUUCUGGGAAGGACUUACGAUCACCACAUAUACGACCUUGUUGAAGUAGGAGUUGAGAACUACAAAUCCAUAGAAUCCAUAGAAUCCUAUGCAUAUGAUAAAAAGUUGGCGCCUAAACUUGGGACAAAGCCUUUCUUUGCCUUCAUUGGGGAGCACUUUGAGAGUGUCGAUGAGCUGAAGCAUUUGAAGGAAAUGCUGCUUGAUCAUUUCAAGGGAGAGGUGGUAGAGAACCUGAACCUCGCUGGUGUAGAUCGGAUAUUCGUGUGCACAGCAAUUCCCCCUACUACUGUCUACAUGAUGCACUGUGCUCUCCGCCUAAAAAGAUCAGGCACAUCUAUUCCUAGAAUGGAGCUGGUUGAAGUUGGGCCUUCAAUGGACCUGGUAGUUAGGCGGCACCAACGUCCGUCUGAAAGUUUACAGAAGGAAGCUAUGAAGGCUCCUGGUCAUGCUAAGAAGGUGAAAAAUGUGACGAAUAAUCCAAUUGAUGGCAAGGAGGGCAGGAUCUACAUUCCAGACCAGGAGGUUUCGAAAUUGACCUUAACAAGCGACAUAAAGGGCCUGAAGCGGGAGCGCCGCGAAGCCAAGAAAAACAAGGAGCACUCGAAGAAGCAAAAGGUCAACCCCGAGUGAAUAACGCAGAAGGCUACUCAUUCUUGGUAACUGGUCCUUUUUAAGGAUUUUUGGUGCACCUGAUGAUCGCAGCAGCUGUGUUAAGCCAACUGGUGACCAACUUGUUAGGUUGAGCUGUAAAUAGUGCGGUACCGUCUUUUUAGGUCGUAAAACCUGCCUACAGACUUCUGCAUCUGUAUUGAGGCAGCUUAUCUAUUCAGACAUUAUUAGUGCGAAAUUUUUGGAGCAAUGUGUGUUACGAGUAUUUUGUUUUAGUAUUGUUGUUAGUCCUUGAUAUUAGCUGACCCGAGAUGAUUGUUGAGAUGACAUGGUUUAAGUCUGGUUACUAUGGCCAUUUUUUUC